CAAAACGGGCCGGAAGGAUUUCAUCGCGCAACAUGAACUUCAACUUUUGACGAACUACCUCCAUUUCAUGGCAUCAAUUGCCUCAAUCCAAACCCUCACGCUAGACCUUCCUCCCAGCUGUAUUGCCUUCUGUUCAGCACAUCCGGAUUUGUUCGUAGUUGGCACCUACUUCUUGCACCCGCAAGCCCAAACCAGCCCGAACUCUGGCGCUGUCGAUGGAGUAGUCGAUGCAGAGGGGGGGAAUGUAGACGAGACUCGGCCGGUAGAGGCCAAGAGGACAGGCAGUCUGAUUCUCUUCCGCCUUGACGGCGACACGAUCACGCAAAUCGAAACUCAAGAGACCGACGCCGCCAUCUUAGAUCUCCAAUGGUCGCCGCACACGCCCACGCUCCUGGCCGUCGCCACCUCGGACGGCUUGGUGAAGUUCUACAACCUUCGCCCUGAAGACGGGACGGCUUCGCCAUCGCUGGUCGAAUCCGACAACUGGAUCCUCGUUGCAGAAGACGCUCUCGCUUUAUCACUGGCAUGGCAUCCCACUCGAGCAUCCUGUCUAGGCGUCACAAUGUCCGAUGGCGCCGUCUACCUCUGCGAGAGCGAGAGCUCCUCAGACAGCGAAAUCUGGGAACCAGGCUCAACGACAGAUGUCCAAGAAGUGCACCGCCACGACCUGGAAGCAUGGACAAUGGCAUGGCUAGGAGAGGAAGUGGGCUUGCUGUCAGGAGGCGACGACGCCGUUCUCCGCUACUUUAAUCACGACGCCGCUGGACAGGCUGUCAAGUGGUUUGAUCGCAGGUUUCACGGCGCGGGCGUCACUGCCAUCCUACCUCUGACGCCUGAGCUGGCGCUUACGGGGAGCUACGAUGAUCAUAUCCGCCUCAUCUCCUGUCCGGCGAUGGGAAGGCGAGAAGUCAAGGCCGAGCUCCGGCUUGGAGGCGGCGUAUGGCGGCUGAAAGUGCUCGAAAGGGAAGGAAGUAGUGCUGAGGCUGAAGACGGGAUACAGAGGGCGGGAAGCUACAGCCUUAUCAUCCUGGCGAGCUGCAUGCACGCCGGCACCCGCAUUGUUCGGCUGAGGAGGAGGGGGAGAAGUGGGGAGUGGGAGUUCGACGUCAUGGCCAAGUUCGAGGAGCACGAGAGCAUGAAUUACGGGAGUGAUGUGCAGCCUGGCAGUAGGGGCCGAGAGAAGACGAUAGUCAGCACCAGCUUCUACGACAAGCGGAUGUGUCUGUGGCGGUACGACAUAUCCCGCGGGAUGGAGUAAGACAUGAAGCAGGCCAAGGAAAUGCCAUUGUACAAGCCGGGAAAAUGAGG